CUCAAAAAAAACUUCUAACUUCACACAACUGUUCACAACACCAACACAGUCUGUUGAUGUUGCUGAAAAGUGUAGUUAUUUACGUAAAAACUAAAACAUAAUUAAUUAAAAUGUUUAGAAUAAUAUUCGGUGCCCUGUUCUUAAUAACAGUGGUUGGUGCUACUAAGAAUAAAAGCGGAGUUUCUAAUAGAAACUUCAUCUAUAACACAUACAAGUAUGACACAAGAGUUACAGUAAUUGUCAAUGAUACUACAGAACAGUUCUUGGAUUUUGUAGAGGAUUCAGAGUUAUGGCACGGUUACCCGACCCGCGUGCACGUAUCGACGAAUGAAUCUCUUAGCACUGACAACCCUAUCUUUGUGACAGCCACACAGCAGAAGGGCAUAUCAUCUUGGGAGCUACCACUGCUGGUGCAGACUCCGAGUGGCGCGCUGCUGUUCUCCGACAUGGCGCGGACGCUGUGCCCUCAUGAUGCUGGACCAGACAUAAAAACGGAGAACCGUCCAUCGAUACAGAUCACGACUUCCAACCCCAAGAAUGUCUCCGUGGACAUCAAACUCAGGAGAGUCACCGACUUCUAUGUAGAUGUUAAUAAGGAGCUCCAGCUAAACGCGACGCCUAGCACUCCGAAGUAUUUCUUCUUCUCGUUCGACCAGCAUCCGUGGAACGUCACCGCGAACGGACCCGUUGAGAUGGGCUCCAGGUUCAACUACACAAUUCCUAAGAGCGUGAUUCUUAUUAUAGACUCAGAUGAUGACAUAUGCGCUACUGUCUCUAUACAAAACAACUCGUGCCCGGUGUUCGACAGCGAGAAGGAGGCGCUGUACAAGGGCUACCAUCUCACCAUGAUGAGCAAGGGAGGCAUCACCUUGACGCAAUCAAUGUUUCCUACGGGUUUCUACAUAGUGUUCAUAGUGAAGGAGAACGACGAGGAGUGCACGGGCGCCAGCGACUCCUCCGCGACAUACUGGAGAGACAACCGGAUGAAGAGCUUCAGGUUCCGCGUGAUAGCGACGAUCUCGUACCGCGAGUACGUGGUGGGUGCUCUGGUGACGCUGGCGCUGGUGGCCGCAGUCGCUCUGCUCGUCACGCUGGCCACCGUCGCCUGCUCCUGUCGCUGUUCCGAGACGGUAACAAUCAUAGAGUCGGAGCCCAUAGUGCAGGCGUCUACGUCAAGCGCGAGCGCCGCCACCGCCGGGGAGGGGGAGGCACCGCUACUGAGGGAUGAGGACGAUGAGCCGGAAGAGGAACAGUGGUCCCGCUCACACCCUCUCACCGUACACAAGCUGACCCGCGCUCCUCCGGAGACCUUCGCCAGGAGAUCAGACAGGUACUUCUGGGGAGCUCUGACCGUAGCGGUGGUGUACUCGCUGCCAGUCGUACAACUACUCUUCACAUAUCAGAGGAUGGUAUACCAGACAGGCAACCAGGACCUGUGCUACUACAACUUCCUCUGCGCCCAUCCACUGGGCUUCCUCUCGGACUUCAACCACGUGUACUCCAACGUGGCCUACGUGCUGCUCGGCCUCGUGUUCAUGGCGCAGGUGCGGCGCCGCCAGCGCACCACAAGCGGCAGACCGCAGGACUUAGGCAUCCCUCAGCACUACGGUCUGCUGUACUCCAUGGGCCUGGCGCUGGUGAUGGAAGGAGUCCUGUCGGCUUGCUACCACCUCUGUCCUAACAAGAUGAACUUCCAAUUCGACUCGUCGUUCAUGUACGUGAUCGCGGUGCUGGUGAUGAUCAAGCUGUAUCAGAACCGACAUUCUGACAUCAUACCGAGUGCCCAUACCACCUUCAUCGUGCUGGCUGUUAUUAUGACUUUAGGUCUGUUCGGCAUCCUGUUCCCGAGCGUGGCGUUCUCGGUGCUGUUCACGAUACUGCACAUCGCGACUUGCCUCAUACUCACGCUCAAGAUAUACUACGCGGGGAAGUUUAAUUUAGAAUGGUCAGCACUAGGUCGUGGCAUGUCAGCCCUGCGCUUGCACAGAUGGCGAGCACUGGCGCCGGCACACCGCGCCCGCGCCGCGCUGCUGGCGGCCGCUAAUGUUACUAAUUGGGCCUUCGCUAUAUACAGCGCAGUAAUCCACAACAAGGACUUCGCCCGCCAACUCCUGGCCAUCCUCUUGGGCAACGCGAUCCUGUACACGCUGUUCUACUUCAUCAUGAAGCUGCUGCACCGCGAGCCCAUCGCCCCGCACACGUGGUUCUACUGCGGCCUGGCGCACCUCGCCUGGUUCCUCGCGCUCAGGCUGUUCCUGGACUCCAAGACUAAGUGGUCGCAAACGCCGGCCAUGUCCCGCUCGCACAACGCGCAGUGCUCCGUGCUGGCGCUGUUCGACUCGCACGACGCGUGGCACGGGGCGUCGGCGGCCGCCAUGUUCCUCUCCUUCAACAUGCUGCUCACCGUCGACGACCACGUCCGCGCCACGCCCAGGGAACAGCUACACACGUUUUAGGCAAGUUUUAGGUAAAACAAGACAACUUUUACUGUUUUAACCGACUACCCAUAAUAAAGGUUCUUAAUUCGACCGUGUGUGUAAUGUUGAGAAAGUCAGACAAACUGGCCGACGCAAUGAGAGCUAUCGUUUUUUGUUUCACCAGAUGGCGCGACUGUAGCGUGAGGUCCUAAACUACGGCUAUCAAAGUUCGUAUUAUGAGCGCCAAAACUUAUAUCCACAUUAGAUGAUUAUAUUAGAUCUUAUUUAAUACAGUAAAACUAUAGUGUAAACGUAUUGGCGAUGCCACAGUGUUGCGCAGUGCCGUUUUGCUCGGAAAAGAAAGGCGGACAUAAGUUUCCGAAAGAUAAAAGUGUGAACAAAACAGUAACAUUUGACGCCUGGAAGACCUCACGCUACACAAGCGCCUCUAGCGGCGAUUUCAUACACGGUAGCCCUCAUUGCAUCCAGUAAGACGGCAAGACGCCAACAUAGUCGGAGAAGGGCUCAGUCGAUGAUGAAAUUAGCUUGUCCAAACUAGAGAAUUAAUGAUUCAAAAUGAUCCUGAUCUGCACCGUUUUCUUACUAUACUGGGGGUCAUCCAGUCUUACUGAUUCGUCAAAUGACAUAACCCGGCUUUU